AUUACUCAGUCGAUUAGCCGCGGUGCAGGCUGCAACUUUUAUCCGCGUUGUUGCUCGCCUGUGUGCGGGAAGAUUGGAAACUUUACCCCGGGGAUUCGGCCUGAAAAAAUAAUCGGAGCACUGGGGAGUCAGGGUCUUUACAAGCUCAAAAUGUCGAUCCUGGGGCUUAAAAAGAAACAACCCAAGACUUUUAAAGUCAAAGUAAUCACCAUGGAUGCAGAGAUGGAGUUCAGCUGUGAGGUCAAAUGGAAAGGGAAGGACUUGUUUGAUCUGGUAUGCCGAACUAUCGGAUUGAGGGAAACUUGGUUCUUUGGACUCCGGUACACUGUGAAAGACACGUAUGCUUGGCUUAAGCCUGAUAAACGGGUUUUGGAUCAAGACGUACCAACGGACUCUCCCAUAACAUUUCACUUCCUUGCUAAAUUCUUUCCUGAAAAGGUCGAGGAUGAACUUGUGCAGGAAAUCACACAGCACCUUUUCUUCUUGCAAGUAAAGAAACAAAUACUAGACGAGGAGAUAUUUUGCUCUCCGGAGGCCUCGGUACUUCUUGCGUCAUAUGCUGUUCAAGCCAAGUAUGGGGACUAUGACCCAAACUUCCACAAGCCAGGCUUUCUGGCCCAAGAUGAACUCUUGCCUAAAAGGGUCCUGAUGCAGUAUCAGAUGACACCAGAGAUGUGGGAAGAGAAGAUCACAGCUUGGUAUGCUGAACACAGAAAUAUAGCAAGGGAUGAAGCUGAGAUGGAGUAUCUGAAAAUAGCACAGGAUCUCGACAUGUAUGGCGUUAGCUAUUUUUCUAUCACACAAAAUAAGAGAGACAAAGAGCUCCUGCUUGGUGUCGAUGCACAGGGACUUCAUAUUUACAGCCCCAAUAGCAAACUGAAUCCUCAGAAGUCUUUUCCCUGGAGCGGGAUCCGCAACAUAUCUUACAGUGAGAAAGAGUUUACUAUUAAGCCAUUGGAUAAAAAGAAGGACGUCUUCAAAUUCUACUCUUCACAGCUCAGAGUGAAUAAGUUGAUCUUACAGUUGUGUAUUGGGAACCAUGAUCUCUUCAUGCGGCGGAGGAAGGUGGACUCCAUUGAAGUGCAGCAGAUGAAGGCUCAGGCCAAAGAAGAGAAGGCUAGGAAAAAGAUGGAACGUCAGAUUCUAUCACGUGAGAAGCAGCUGAGGGAGGACGCAGAGCGAGCUAAAGAAGAAAUGGAACGGCGAAUGUUUCAGCUCCAGGACGAGGCCCGUAUGGCUAAUGAAGCUCUGCUGCGCUCUGAGGAGACAGCUGACUUGUUGGCGGAGAAGGCCCAGAUUGCUGAGGAGGAGGCAAAGCUGCUUGCACACAAAGCAGCUGAAGCAGAGCAGGAGAGACAGAGGCUGGAGGUCACGGCUCUCAAGACCAAAGAGGAGCAUAGGCUGAUGGAGCAGAAGAUGAGGGAGGCAGAGCAGCUAGCUGUAAAACUGGUGGAGCAAUCGGAGAGGAGGUCGAAGGAGGCUGACCAUCUGAAGCAGGACCUGAGCGAGGCCAAAGAUGCAGAACGCAGAGCCAAGCAGAAGCUAGUAGAGAUCACCAAAACAACCUACCCAUUGAUAGCUGCCUAUUCCAGUCCUCCACCCCCACCUGGCCCCGAGAGUACGGAGAUGCAAAUGGACAUGGCGGCCUCAUACCGACUCGACUUCAAAGACUCCGACAUGAAACGGCUGUCCAUGGAGAUCGAACGUGAACGGCUAGAGUACAUGGAGAAAAGCAAGCACCUGCAGGAUCAGCUGAAGGAGCUGAAGUCAGAGAUCGAGUCUUUAAAGCUGGAGGAGCAGCAGCAGCAGGCGGGUCUGUACAGCCUUAGGGGCUAUGCUGAGCCACCCUACAUCCCUCACAGCAAUAGGAACUCGGCUUACAUGAAUCAGAUGGCUUUCUUUGAGGAGGUCUGAAUAGGUGGAAAUCUGACAGGGAGGAAGAAGGUGAAGAAAUCAUCACUACAGUGUGCGACACUCAUCAGGGAAUGUACAAUAUUCAGCACGCCGUCCUUCAAAAAAUGCUUUGUAAUGAUUUUUUUACUGACAGGUUUAAAAUCACACACUAAAAGCACUAUGCACAGAACAACACCGGUAUUACUGUUGUAGGUAAUGGGAUGUCCUUUCAAACAAUUACUGAAUAUUUGCUAUGCCAAAUUCUUAUUUUUUUCUUUUUUUUUUUUUCUUUUUCUUUUUCGUGUCCUAAAAUUUUUUCUCCUUGUAUUUCACUAGAGUACAGUGCACGUGCUGCAUUCAAGUUUUAACUAAUGCGGAACGGUUUGUCACAUCAGCCUUUCUAAUUAAAAAAAAUGUAACUGGUGCCACAUUUCUUACUGUAUUUCAGCUGAAAGGUAGCUGCCCUCUUGCACUACUGCCUUUUUUUAAAUUUUAUUUAUUUAUUUUUUUUAUAUAUACAUGCAUGGCUUUAGUUGUGUAAUGUUUUCUAAUUUUCUAAUGCAGGGGUAACCGGAGAAGCAAAACAAAUAUUUCACAGCACAUCUAACAGGCCUCAAGCUUCUGGCAGCUCGGUUUCAGCUUUACUGUUACCGAGGACAUAAAACUUGGCACUCAGAUUUUCUUUCAUUGAUGGUAAACAAUUUGGAAAUACACCCGAACUUCUGCUGCAGUCCGAUUCUCUCAAA